UACGAAUAAUUGUUAAUGUAUUGUGAAUCGAAAUCCUCUGGGUUUGUUGUCUCGGACAUAGUUUCAUUGUGCAUCAGGAUGAAGUCUAUUCUGUGUCUGGGUCUGUUGGCAUUGUGCCUUGGUUCGGCCAUCGCCGUCGACCCUCACGAGCACAAUAAGGUUGUUUGCUUCUGGAAUUCCACGUCCUUCGAACGACAAGGACCCAGCAAAUUCCAAGUCGAUGAUCUGAGACCCGCUCUGUCUUACUGCACGCAUCUCGUGUACGGUUAUGCUGGAAUGAACGCAGAGACUCACGAGGCUGUGCCUCUCCAUCCGAGUCUAGACACGGGAGCAGGUUACGCGUUGUACCGGCUCGUUCCACAGCUCAAGAGGUCCUUCCCCGACCUUAAAGUUUAUCUCAGCAUCGGUGGAAACGCUGACCCUUACGAGGAGACGCACAAAUAUCUGACGGUGCUCGAGAGCCCCGAGGCACGAUCCAGAUUCAUCAAUUCCGUCGGUCGUCUUCUGAACGAUUACGAAUUCGACGGUAUCGAUCUUGCUUGGCAAUUCCCCGAGAUCAAAGUCAAGAAAAAUCGUGGCACGUUCGGCUCCAUUUGGCACGGUAUUAAAAAAACUUUUGGAUACGGGAAAUUCAAGGAUGAAAAAGAGGCCGAACAUCGCGAAGGUUUCACCAUGCUCGUGCGCGAUCUCAAGACUCAACUCAGGUCGAGAAACAAAGCACUCACGUUGACGGUUUUGCCUCAUGUCAAUGCCUCCGUGUACUAUGAGCCGAGACUUUUGGCACCGAACAUCGAAGCCGUUCACUUGAUGACUUUCGAUCAGAAAACUCCGAUGCGCAAUCCCAAAGAGGCCGAUUACCCGGCUCCGAUUUAUGAAAGCUACGGACGUGCUAUUCAAGAAAAUGUUGACUUCCCCGUCAGGUACUGGCUCGAGCACGGAACUCCGGGAGGGAAGAUCGUCGUUGGGAUUCCCGCUUUCGCGCGUACGUGGAAGCUGACCUCGGAGAGUCAAAUUUCCGGAGUGCCGCCGAUAGUGGCCGAUGGUCCGGGUCCGGAAGGACCCCACACCCAAAUGCCAGGAUUUUUAUCGUACGGCGAAGUGUGCGCUCGGCUAACGGAGAGCGCGGUCGGUCGAGUCCGUCGAGUGAACGAUCCUUCGAAGAAAUACGGAAGUUACGCGUAUCAGUCUUACAACGCGGAGACCGGAGCUGAGGGCAUUUGGAUCGGUUACGAGGAUCCGGACACGGCUGGAAACAAAGCCUCGUACACGAAAGCGAAAGGUCUCGGAGGCGUCGCGAUAUUCGACCUGUCCGCGGACGAUUUCCGUGGCACUUGUACCGGCGAAAAGUUCCCAAUUGUUCGUGCAGCCAAAUUGAAAUUGUGAUUCGUUGCGUUUUACGUGGGAGUCAAAUGGGGGGAAAAUAUGGGAGAAUGAGAGAAAAAUUUGUCGGAUAAUGUCGCGACGACGAGUCGUUUCGCGUGGAAAAACUUUUGCUAAAUUUUUUUUCGAAAUAAAUUAGUUUGUUUUGAGAGCGUUGGAUUUUCUGGGUUUCUGUUUCAACGGCGGCAGAGUUCGAUGUGACAUGCUCCGAUGAGUUUUGACGUUUGUUCCCUCGUUUACGAUCUAAAGUAUCCAACGAUAGGACCAAUAAAUUGUUUUAUUGAAAA